AUGAUUCGUGUGUUUUGCACCACCGUGGACAAGUCCAGACGAUUAAUUAACAACUUUCAGUCGAUGCUGACGUACAACGGUUGCUCCGGAGUGACGGUGGACACGGAGAACGGUUCUCCAGCGGAGUCGCUUCUGUCCGCCGAGGGGGAACUGGCGGAGGAAGUCGGUGAUUCCCCGGGCACGCCAAGGGACACCGAAGAAGAGGCGACCCUGUCGGAUGAAUUUUACUCCCAGGACACUGACGACGACGAGGACCAGGGCAAGAAACGAAGGGAUCGCGCCAACUCUCUAGACGGCAUUUCGUCCUCCAGUGGUGGCCACCUUGGCUCACCCACGCCUCGAGUAGGAACCCUGGGUGUACGAAAAUUAUUUACAAACAGUCGUGAACGUUGGAGGCAGCAGAACGUCAGCGGGGCCUUCGCCGAGCUCAGGAAACUGGUACCAACCCAUCCGCCGGACAAGAAGCUAUCGAAGAACGAAAUCCUACGACUGGCGAUUCGGUACAUACGACUGCUGAGCAACGUCCUGGAAUGGCAGAAGGCGCAAGAUCGCAACGACGCGUCGCAGCACGAGGUACGAAUCAAAUGCGAGCCAACGUUCAACGCGCAAAACUCCACCGUCUAUUCCGCGAAACCGGCGAUGACGUUUCUGAAGCAGGAGAAACAGAUAAACGACAGCCACGGGAACGCGUACAGAACAAAUUUCACCGCGCAGAAGCAGCUGCAGCAUCCGGUCCCGCACGUGGCAUGCGAGAAAAAUGGCAACAAUCUGCUGAUGAUCGCGCCCGCCGGUCACAACGUCGUCGGUACCGUGAACAAACGAAGCGUGACGCCGUCGACGAUCGCCGUGCAAAAUAGUUUUCCACCCGGUGCGUUGAGCAACGGAAGUCUGAUACGUUCCCCGGUCGGUCCGCGACCUUCGACCUUCCCGAAGUCGCCGCAGAUCAACGUGCAGUCCGUGACCAGCCCCAGCAUCCUCAACAAUUGUUCCUCGAACCCUCCGUUGACCAACAACGCGUCCACGGUCGGUGGAGUGCCAACUUGCGGGCAGAAGAGGCUGAAGAUCGAAAGGGAGGACGAGGAACAGUCGAGCCAGGGCAAAGACUGCAAAGCUCUGUCGUCACAUGCUCACAGUGUCCCUGCAAGGAAAAGGGUGAAGGUCACGUUUAUCAGAGACUCGAAUUCGGGGUUUCGUAACGAUUUUCGGAGCAUGGACCGCAAGUAA